CAUCAAAACAAGCAGAAUAUAGAGAAUUUUCAUCAUUUUUUUUAAUGCUUGAUGAUAAUUUGAAAUGUGUUGAGACAUUUUUUAACCAAAAGAAAAGCCAGAUAUCUUAUAGGAUUGGGCUAAUUGUGAAAAAAUACCACUUAGAUUUUCUUAAUGAAAAUAAAUCUCUUAAUCUUUCAAGCGAGGAGAAAGAAGAUCUUUUAAUUUUAUUACUUUCUUUACGUUCAGAUCUCCAAAAGAUAUUUUGGUAUGUAGAAAUGAACAAGAGGGGAUUUUCAAAGAUUUUAAAGAAAGUUGAUAAGAAAUGUAAUAUUUUAGUAAAGUCAAAUUAUAUGGAAUCUAAAGUAGUUUAAAUGAUUUUUAGAUUCAUAUUUAGUAUGAUAAUCAGGUAUUAGUGCUUUUGGAAAAUACAACAAUAAUAGAAUUACUUCAUAACGUUAAUAAUUAUAUUUCUUAUUAUACUAACGUAGAUUCUUCGAAGCAAUGUAAAGAGGAUGUUUUAGACUCAAUUACAGAUACUCUAUCUAAUUUUUGUUUUGUUAUUUCUCCAGUUCUUGCGACAGAGAUACAAACAUCUAUUUAUCAAAAUAAUGUGGAUAAUUUUAAAUUUCUAAUUGAUAAAUUAAGAUCCGAAUCUCUUUCAAAUAUCCUAAUCACUUUGGUACAGAAGUGUCUUAUUGCUAAAUCUUUGUCAUGUAUUAAGGUGGUUUUUCCAUAUUUAGAUGUGCUUAUAGAAGAUGAAGAGAUAAAUAAUAGAAAUCUUAUUCAUAAGCAUAUUAUGUAUAUUGGAAGAUGUAAACUAAAGGCACUCAACAAUACAAAUAAAAAUAUGUCAUCGCUUCCAUAUAUUGAUCAACUACUUUAUCUUAUACCAACAGUAACAAAUUUAUAUAUUUAUACCAGGGAUUCCAAUUCUUGUAAUUCUGAUACCAUAGACAUAGAAGAAACAGAAUCAUUAGAAUUUUUGCUUUCUCAAUUUAGACCAGUUCAUUAUAAAUAUUUAUCAGGCCAAGAUAUAUACCAACGACUUCCUUUACAUUAUGCUGUACAAUAUGGUCUUCUUAAAACUACUCGAUUAAUAUUAGAUUACAUGGUAAAAUGGGGACAAUUAGAUCCUGAAAUUGAUAAUUUAAAUAAUUCCAAGUGGAAAGAUUCAGAAGGAUAUACUCCAUUGCAUUGGGCUAUCUUAAUUCGUGAUAUAGAAAUUUUAAAAACAUUGCAAACCAUAAAUCAGAAAAUUGAUUCACUUUCUUAUGGAAAAAAAAUUAUAUAUGAAGAAAAAAUAGAAAGUGACAACACUUAUUCUGCUUUGGCUCUUGCAGCUAAACUUAAUUACGAUGAGAUAGUAUAUCAAUUGCUGGAAUCUGGAUUGGAUAUUAAUCAUCAAAACAAAGAAGGAGAAACUCCACUUCAUAUUGCUACUCGUCUAAAUAACAUAGCUACUGUUAAAAUACUUUUAAAUGGUACAGAAAAUCAAAAGCAAAAUACAGAAUUACGAGAAAAUCUUUAUGGAUGGACACCUUUAUUUAUAGCAGCAGUAGAAGGCUAUAUUGAAAUAUUACAACUACUUAUUUCUGCAAAUACGAAAAUCAAUGAUGUUGAUUUUUCUGGGUGGACGGCUCUUGAGCAUGCUGUUUUUAGAGGUCAUAUGAAUUGCGUUGAUCUUUUAUCAACGCCAGAAGUACAAGAAUUUGUCCAGAAACAAGCUUUAAUACAUGAAAAUCCAGAGGAUAUGGAGAACGAACAUAAAUUUGUCAUAUAUGAUGAAAAUGAUGAAUCUCAAGACGAAAUUGAGAAAAAUAACUCAUCAGUCUCAUUACAAAAAAACAAUUCUGCGAUAAAAGUAGCAUCAAUGAAAAGUUUCGGCCAUAACUAUCUAAAAGAUGAAUUAAUGGUUAUUGUCACUUUAGGUUCAACUGAUAAAAAAAAGAAAGUGAAGCCAGUAGAAAUCGAUGAUGUUUCUCUUAUAGAGGCACCCAUUUCUCAACAGGAUAUUCCUUUUUCCUUAAUUAUUAAAGCUAGAAAUGCAGAAGGGGGCAAUACAAUUAUAGAUUUUCCAGCUCAUUAUUGUAUAGAAACUGAACCUAUUAUCUUUAAUACUACUAAUUACGAAAAAAUGGAGCUUUUAUUUGAUAUUGUUCCAACAUACAAUGAAAAUCGAAAUGUACCCAUUGGACGUGCUGUUGCUAUAUUAUCAACUAUAAAAACGAAUCUUGGUAAAACAAAAGAAUCAUUGGACGGUGAAUUGAAGAUCCCUAUUUUAAAAGCAGAUACUUUAUCUGUUAUUGGAAGUAUAAAUUUUGAAUUUAGGGUUAUUACUCCAUUUAAACAUCCUAAUAUCUCAACUGAAAACAAUUCUACAUAUUGGAAAUCACUAAUUAAAACAAGGGUAAUUGGCCAUAGAGGACUUGGAGAAAAUCGUGCAUCAAAGAAAAGUUUACAACUUGGAGAAAAUACACUACAGUCAUUUAUUUCUGCUGCAAAUCUAGGAGCAUCAUAUGUAGAAUUCGAUGUUCAAUUGACGAAAGAUUGUAUUCCAAUUAUUUAUCAUGAUUUCCUAGUUUCAGAAACAGGUAUUGAUGCACCAGUUCACAAUUUAACUUUGCAACAGUUUUUGGCAUUGUCGGAAACUAAGAACAAAACUGUUCCACCUGCAUUUUUAAAUGGAUCAAUUUCACCUUUAUCUUCAAAAUUGAGACUCGAUUUUAUGAAACGUUCAAAAAGUCAUUAUUUCAGUAAUUUUAAAGAUCAUAAUGAAUUAUAUGAACGAAUCAAAUAUACUAGAGACUUUAAAAUUAAGGGCUACAAAGGAAAUGCACGUGGACAAAGUAUUCAAGGCCCUUUUAUGACAUUAGAAGAAGCCUUUAAGAGAAUACCUAGUCAUGUCGGAUUUAAUAUUGAAUGUAAAUAUCCUAUGCUUUUUGAAGCAGAAAAAGAAGAAAUGGAUAACAUUGCAAUCGAAUUAAACAAAUGGGUUGAUACAGUUUUAAGAAUUGUCUAUGAUCAUAAAAAAGAUAGGGACAUAAUAUUUAGUAGUUUUCAUCCGGAAAUAUGUUUACUUCUAUCUUAUAAACAGCCCUCAAUACCUAUUAUGUUUCUUACAGAUGCUAAUAUCUCUAAUAGAGAUAUUAGAUGUGCAUCUUUACAAGAAGCUAUUAGAUUCGCAACUAAAUGGAAUUUGUUGGGUAUUGUAUGCAAUUCAGGUCCAUUAGUAUUAUGUCCACGCCUAAUCCAGGUGGUCAAAGAUUCUGGUUUAGUUUGUGUAACAUAUGGAUCAGAUAAUAAUGUCACCGAAAAUGUUAAAUUGCAAAUACAAGCAGGGUUAGAUGCAGUCAUUGUGGACUCUGUUUUGGAAAUUCGAAAAGGACUUACAGUGAAAGAUGAUAAUUUAUAAAUUCAAUUAAGAUUUUUGAACUAUCUUAAAUCAAAAUGAAUCAUG